AUGUCUGCUCCCGAGAAAAGAGUUGAUACAGAUGCUUCUGAGCUUCUCAAGUCAUUAUCUAUAAACAAAGAUGACUCGAAGAUAGAGGAAUCUGGAUCAAAGAAGGAAGCAACAGAAGAACCAAAGAAGGAGGAAGUCAAGGAAGAACCAAAGAAAGAAGUCAAGGAAGAACCAAAGAAAGAAGUCAAGGAAGAAGCCAAAGAAGAAGCCAAAAAAGAGUCUAAGGAAGACGAGUCAAAGGAAAAAGAAGAGGAAUCAAACUUGAUUAAAUCUUCUUAUGAAGUCAAGGUUAAAUUAGCUGAUUUACAAGCUGAUCCAAACUCUCCUUUAUACUCAGUUAACUCUUUCAAAGAGUUAGGAUUAAAGCCUGAAUUAUUAGAUGGUCUUUACGCCAUGAAGUUUAAUAGACCUUCUAAGAUUCAAGAAAAAGCAUUACCUUUAUUAUUAUCCAAUCCUGCUAGAAAUAUGAUUGGUCAAUCUCAAUCUGGUACUGGUAAAACCGCUGCCUUUUCAUUGACUAUGUUAUCAAGAGUCGAUGAAACGCUUGAUGCAGUUCAGGCAGUUUGUCUUGCUCCAGCAAGAGAAUUGGCCAGACAAACUUUAGACGUUGUUCAAACUAUGGGUAAAUUUACUAAAAUAACAAGUCAAUUAAUUGUUCCAAAUUCGACUGAAAAAGGUCAAGAAGUUACUUCUCAAAUCUUAGUUGGUACUCCAGGUACUUUAUUAGAUUUACAGAGAAAAAAAAAAGUUGAUUUAAGCAAACUUAAAGUUUUCGUUUUAGAUGAAGCGGAUAAUAUGUUAGAUGCUCAAAACUUAGGUGAUCAAUGUUUAAGAGUUAAAAGGGCAUUACCAAAAGAUUGUCAAUUAGUUUUAUUUUCAGCUACUUUCCCAGACAGAGUUCGUGCUUAUGCUGAAAAAUUUGUCCCUAAUGCCAAUUCUUUAGAAUUAAAACAAGAAGAAUUAAAUGUUGAUGGUAUUAAACAAUUAUAUAUGGAUUGUGAUUCUGUAAAUCAUAAAUUCGAAGUUUUAUGUGAAUUAUAUAGUUUAUUAACUAUUGGUUCUUCCAUUAUUUUUGUUAAAACUAAAGAUACGGCUAAUAAAUUAUAUGGUAGAAUGAAACAAGAAGGUCAUACAGUUAGUGUUUUACAUGGUGGUUUGGAAACUACUGCUAGAGAUAAAUUAAUUGAUGAUUUCCGUGAAGGUAGAUCAAAAGUUUUAAUCACCACUAACGUUUUAGCUAGAGGUAUUGAUAUUGCUUCGGUUUCAAUGGUUGUGAAUUAUGAUUUACCAGUUGAUGAAAGUAAUAAACCAGACCCUUCAACAUACUUGCAUAGAAUUGGUAGAACUGGUAGAUUUGGUAGAUUAGGUGUUUCAAUUUCUUUUGUCCAUGAUAAAAAAUCAUACCAAGAUUUAAUGGCAAUUAGAAAAUACUUUGGUGAUAUUGAAAUGACUAAAGUCCCUACUGAUGAUUGGGAUGAAGUUGAAAAAAUUGUUAAGAAAGUUAUUAAGAGUUAA